CCGGCUGAUAUCAUACGCUAUCGGUCUCCCAGUCCUUUACGUUACUUCAUAAAUUGCCGUUGUUGGACAUUCGAUAUUCUCCACCUUGAAGUCGAGCCAGUUGGCCUACUCGCUCGUAUACGACGGUUUUGGUCAGCCACUCCCUGGUCUUUCUUCCGAUGCAGCCUUACAAUAAUAAUGAACCAUCUUUACCCUCAGUCAUGUCUCGAGACCCUGAGACCGGGACCCUCACAAGCCAAACCACGAGCACUGCACCGACCAGUACCGUGCCUCCUCGGCUACCUAUAGCAGCCUCAAUGGCAUCUAUCAACGCCAGUGAUGUUGGUGGACGACCACUUGCAGCCUCGAACACCUUGCCAGUUUUGACCAUCAAAGAAGGGCACCGAGGCAGACUUCUCCCGAGCAGCGCAACAUGGACAUCAUCGAUUGGGGAUCUGGCCAUGUUCUCAGAUACGGACGACGUUCAGGAUCGCCUAAGGUUUAUUCAGGAGUACAAUCGAUUAGCCAAGAAGGUAUAAAACAUCUCGGUAUCCACUCCAGGCUAUUUAGCUGCGUCGGACCCUUC